AUGAUUGGGCGAAGAAUAGAAACAUAUAGACGACGGCAAUCGGAAUGUGUGCCAAGGUUUGACCAGUCGUUCACCGGCGCCUGCGAACAGCAGAACUUGGAGACGAGUGCACUCCAGAAGAGAUUCCUUGAAGGCAAGGCCAAGCGGCAAGCGAAGAAGACGGAACGCAAGCCGGACCUGCCGUCGAUUAGCAGCAAUCUGCACAGCAGCGUGCAUCAACAAAAAUUUGGAUGCGGUGAUUACGAACCGCCGGCAAAAUUACAAUGCGGAGGUGGAAAUACUGGCGGAAGCGGAGCUGGCGAGGCUCUUACGAAAUUCUCCGUCGAAAUAGUUCAGCAACUAGAGUUUACUACUUCAGCAGCUGACUCCCAACCGCAACAAAUAUCAACAAACGUAACAGUUAAGGCUUUAGCCAACGCUGUUAAAACUUCUGGUUCGCCACCACCAUCUCAACCACCUAGAGUUCCAACGCCUUUAGAUUGCGAACGAGAAUGUAAAGCAGAAUGCAAAUCUGAAGUCGCUGAUGAUGAAUUCGUUGGCCUUGACGAAUGUGCAGCUGCACUUGAAAGAGACGCCGCGUCAGCCUUCCCUGGCCUAGCCGAUUUAAUAGGAGAAGACGAUGGUGACGAUACGUUUGAAGAUCUCAUUACUGAAAUAUCAGAAUAUCCUGAGUUUAUGAAAGAUUUUGAUCUCGAUGGUGGAAAAUUAAAUGGUGGAAGUAUAGGUAGUUUGGAACCUCCAGAAGGCGAACCGGCGCCGAGACCGUAUGGUGGAGGAGAGAUGUCACCCGCUGCGCAAACGCUCAAACACAUGGCGGAACAGCAUCAACAGGCGACUGGGGGCGAUUGGGCGCGGUAUCGGGGGUACAACAAUUACCGGCCGCGGCCUACUCAACCUUCCAUGGACCAUUUGCAUAUGUCCCAGCAACAGCAAUUACAUCUUACGCAACCGCAUCAUAAUCUACAGGUAUCAGCCGCACAGCAUAUGCAAGUGAGUGGUGCCGGCGGCGGGCAUGUCUCGGCUGCGGCUCAGCAAGGGAUGUAUGCGUCGUUUCAACACCAAGGCACGCCCUCGUCACAGCAUCACCAGGGUGGUGGUUGCGAUUCGUACAGCGUGUCUCAGUCGCAGAGUAUGAACUUUUCGCAGGGAAUGCGAGCUCGGCCCGCGGGACCUGCGCAGCAAACAGCGCCGGGACCACAACCGCCCUUAGGUAUAACCGCAGCGGGCAUAUCGCGCGAGCAGCAAGCGAAGAUGUUGCAACAGCAGCAGCAGCAGAUGCUGCGCGCGCAACAGCAACAGAUGCGGCCGCCGCCGCCGGAGUACAAGGCGCGGUUCGUGACGGCGGGCGCGCGCCGGCCGGCGCCGCCGCGCGCCUUCCCGCCGCACGCGCGCCACUACCCGCCCGACUGGCGGCACGUGCUCAUACAGCAGCAGAGCGCGAGGCAGCAGUUUCCGCACCACCACCAGGGUUUCAACAUGGGCGGUAUGGGUGGUAUGGGCAACGUGGGCGGGGUUAACAGUAUGACUCAGCAACAACAAUUGCAAAUGCAACAAGCGCGUUUACAACAACAACAGUUAAUGCAACAUCAACAACAACAGAGGGCGUCCAACCAGCAACAGUCACCAAUGACACAUCUUAUUAUGCAGCAAAAUCAAAUGAUGAGUGUACAAGGACAGAUGACAAACAUACACAUGAAUCAGUCACAGAGUAUGUCGAUGCAGCAAGCGGGAAUGGGAAUGGGCGGAAACGCGCAUCAAGGGAACCCAAUGCAAAAUGGUCCUAUGCAGGGCCAGCCCACUUCCAUGCACGCACAAAACAACCCCAUGCAACAGAAUUCCAUGAUGUCCCAAAACGGGCAGAUGCAAAGCCAAAAUAGUAAUAACGCGGGCCAUUCCUUCCCCUCCCUGCACACGUCUUCCUUCACGGGACAAACCGCAGACUUCAACCUGGACUUCCUCGACAACAUGCCCUCGUCCGACACCAGCAACCUCACCGCACAAGAGCUGCUCAGUUCUCUAGACAACUCCUUCUUGAAUGACAUACUAUAAAUCUCCCUGAAACGAUGCGAUCGUUUCAAAGUAAAAUAAAUGAAUUCGUGACCAAUGUAUAAAUAUUGACCAAAGUUAUUAAACAGGAAUUUAUCAUCAGAUUUCAUAAUCAUGUUCUUGUAAACGUUUAUUAAAUGUAGUGAUCUUCCUAAAUCUUUAUGACACUUUGUUUUAUAGACUAUUUAUUGUAAAAUUUCGUAGUAUUUUAAUAUAGUAUUUGCGAUUGUUCACGAGUCGUUCGUUUGUAUAGAUAUUGUAAUAUAAAGAGGUUUUCGGUGACGUUAUCGUAGUACGGAACUCGAGUCAGCCAGAACAGCUGAAAUUAUUGCCAUAAAAUUUCAGUUUUCCAUUUUAUCGCCGUGUAGAUUUUUUAACUGUAUACUAUUUAUUGUUAAAUUUAUUAUUCUUAUAGCUUUUAUAGGAAUAAGAUAGCACAAAAGACAUUCAAUAAAUUUUAUUUACAUUGAAAUAAAUUUAUUUAUGACGAAAUAGAUUCGGGGCAAUACAUUUAUAGAAACUUUAUAGUGAUGAAUUUUGUAUUUUACCAUCUAACUACAGCAUAGUAAUUUAUUUGUUUUCUGGACCGCCACUGACAUCUUACUGAUAAUCUUGCGACGCUCUCGCGCAAAGGUUAUUAGUGGGAUUAUUCUAUCCGCCUUGGAAUGGCCCAAUCUAUAUUUAAUUGUAGUGCAAAUGUACAUUUUUUUAAGGGUUUAGUAUAUCGUAAGAUCAUUCCUGUACCUAAGAUGUAAUUAUUAGUUUAUACUGUGAUGUCGGUCUCAACGGUCAAUAGGUAAUAUAGUAUCAAUUAUUAUAAAUAGAUAGAUUAUUGUUAUUGUUAAGGAUCUCAUGUAUCAUUUAGGGUGAGGUUUUUUGGAAUUCUGGAAUACUCGAUGUUGGUUUUAUUUUUAACUAUUGAGUUUUUGGUUAUAUGAAGUUAUUUAUGUAUAAUAUUUUCAUAUACUUUAAAACUGCCUUAAGUAAGGAUAUGUAUGUAUUUAUUAAUGAUUUUGUCAAGGCGAUAUAAAGCUCUCUGUUUAUUAUACAACAAUAAACCAAUAAUUGUAAAUGUUAAAAACAUUCCAGAGCCAUUGUUAACAAUGUUUUAACUUUAGGACCAAUUUUUGAAUGUUCUUUUAAAAAUAAUAUUACAUAUUGAAAAAAAAA